AAACAAACAAGUGACACGACCUCAGGAAGCGCUCACUUUUGAAAAGGAAUUUCCUUAAAUGUUACGUUUAAUGUUAAUCCCAAAUUGUUUUAUAUCAGAAGUAAAUGGUCUGAGACUAGGUCUAAUGCAUACCUAGAGAACAGGAAAUGUGGUUACCUUGUGGCUUAACACCAUAUUUGGUAAUAUACGAAUUGAUGUUAUGGACUGUCUGCCUCGUAGGUGAUAACUUCCUGCCUACCCUGAAUAUCAUAAAGGACCAUAUAUGGGCAAAAGCAUUAGCUGACAGUGCGACUCAUGGAGCAAUCGGUGCAUUAUCUUGGGCUGUGUGUGUAGACUUAGAUUUCCGCAAUAACUAUAAAGUGUUGGAGUGUAUACUUGCUGGCUUCCUGUCUUGUGCAAUAGAUCUAGACCAUUUUAUAGCUGCAGGUUCCUUUCAGUUAAAGGAUGCCCUGUCAUUAACCAAUCGUCCAGUCUUCCAUGACACAACAAUCAUUCCAGCCAUUGCGCUUCUCUUAUAUUUCGUGUGCUACAAUCUCAACAGAUUUUAUUCACUACCAUUGAUAUUUACAAUUGCCUGGUUGUCGCAUCAUUUACGUGAUGGCACCAGAAGAGGAUUGUGGGUAAGGCCAUUUGGAAGUACGCCACCUAUACCAUAUGUAGUAUAUGUGAUUCUAGUCAUGCUCCUUCCUGUGACCUGUAGGAUAUUUAUGACCAUAUAUGGAAUGCGAAUGGACCGUUACUUAACUAAAGAGAGAGAUAUUGAGAUGAAUAUAAUUUAA